UCUAGGUCUAGUAUCCGCUUUGGGCUUCUAGGCUCUUGAUGGGUGCUACGUCGUACUUGUUCUAGGCUGACCUUUUUAUUUUAUUUUCUUAUCUUAGACUGACUCUUUUUUUUUAAUUCAUCUUUCUCGUUAUUUACCAAAAAAAAGUCAGACUCGUCUAGACCACCUAUCUUUGGAAAAGCCUUGGAAGCCUAAAAGUUUACUCCAACAAUAUCGUGCCUGCCUUCUUCGGAAGCGAGCCCAACCAAACCCAUCCAUCCCUGCCUUUCGAAUGUCAUCCACCACAGAAGAGAGGCAGGUCUGGCAGCCGCUGCACCCUCAAGUUCGGCCACGGCUGGAUCCACAAUAUGUGGAGGUGCACGAUAAACUGCUCCAGUAUGCCCCGCCGACCCAUACUCGGCCCUGGAAUGCAUCUAUGCGGCAGCCCUCGCAAGCGUCAGUGAAAACGGGGCUCGAUGUCGUCCCAGUCCUGACCGAAGAGGUGCAGCUGGACCGUUUUACCAUACUCGUCCUCACGCCCGUCACAAACCCCGACGACGAACCCAGACCCGAAUCCGGAUGGCCAGUCUUUGUUUGGUUCCACGGCGGCGGCUUCGUCCUCGGGGAUCACUCAAGCGAGCUGGACCUACUGACGCGUAUAUGCGCAACCGCCCGUUGCGUCGUCUGCUCGGUCGGCUACCGACUGGCCCCUGAACACCCAUACCCGGCAGCUAUCGAGGAUGGCACCGCCGGUGUGAGGUGGAUUCUAUCCGACGCCCAAGAUGGCGGAGCCACCCGCUUCAGUAUAGAUCGAACUCGCUGGGCCAUCGGCGGCGUCUCCGCCGGUGCGCUUUUAUCGACCGUGACGCUCAUAAGCCUCGGAGAGGCCGGCGACUUUGACUCUGGCGAGAUGGCGAGGCCGCUUCGCCAGGUCCUCGUCGUCCCCGUCGUCGACAACACCGCGAUGCCAGGCUCCGGCUUCUGGGCCAUCAAACCCCACGCAAUCAGCCCCUCGGCCGAACGCAUGCUCUGGUACCGCCGCCUCUGGCUGGGCGACGCCGACCCGCACGUCUGGAGCGCCAGCGUGAACUACGCCUCCGAUAAGCAGCUGGCUUACAUGCCCCCGACUUUUGCAGCCAUUGGUGGGGAGGACCUGCUGGCUCCGGAGGGGCUGGCAUUCGUUGAGCAGCUGCGAGGCGCCGGCGUCGAUGUUGAUACGAUGGUGCUGCCUGGCUGUCCGCAUGCCAUAUUGGCGUUUGCAGGUGAGUUUUCAGUUGUUCCCCGUCUCCCCAGUGGUUAUGAUUUAUCUACAGAUCAUGAAAAAGGACCAUACGUGCUAACAUGCCGCUUUAGGGUUUGUCUUUCGUUCGACUUGCCCCGCGCAACAUGCGUCGAUAAGGCAAAAGACCUAUUCAACAUGUGCGUGGAUCGCAUCUCAAAGUCUUUUGGCAACUGAGCCAACAAAAAAAUAAAAAAAGAUUCAAGAAGAAUGCGGGUGGGUUGAAGGCGGCUUCUAAGCCUAGCAUGCUAUCCCUGGGCCGGAUCCACUUACUACAGUUUCUUGUUUCGGCGUCCAGAAUUUUUCCUCGGCCCCGAGAAAAAGAUGUUUCUCUACUCGGAUUUCUUUUAUUUUCUUCUUGUGCUUUACUUUUUUUUGUCUUGUUUUGUCCUUGUUUCGUUUUAUGUUGGUUACUUAUUAGAGCAAAUUUUCCCAGUAUACCCCCAAAUCAAAGGAAGGGAACUUGCCCGGUGUCUUUUCAGAGAUUUCUUUCCAGAGAGGAACCGUUGGGUGGGUUAUAUAGGCA